UCCUUCCCUCGCUUUAAAACCCCCAGCCUCUCUCUUUCUCUCUCUCGCUUUGCUCGCUUCUCAUCCUCCAAGUAGAACCUGAGAGCAGCGCUUUUCUUCAUCCAAGGGCGAUCGGCCGGUUUUUAAGCUAUAACUGUUUCAAUUUGUUUUUUUUUUUCCUUUUUUGUCAUAUUUUUCUUGUCGAUUUAAAUCUUUUUUUGCGUGUUUUUUCUCUGUUUUACUUUUUCCGAUCUCUUUGCUCUUGACUCAAGAUAUUUUUCUCUAUGGAAAGUUGGCGAGAUUCGGGUUACUGUUUCAUUGGUUCUGAGUUUUGAUCCUGGUGGAAAUCUUGGACGUUAGGGUUUUAGUUCUUGACCUCGUCCUUGCGUUUCUUUUGUGAUUCUUGAGGGAUCUGGGUUUCGUAUUGUGUUUUGCUGCUUUCUUCUUGGCAAUGCCUUUUUUUUUUCCUCUCAUGGCUUCAAGAUUAUGAUGUUUGGAGUCUUAGCAAGAAAACUCUAAGAGAUAGAAGGGUAGCAGGUUAGGGAUUUGGUUUGAACGGAUUAUAGGGCUUUUAAUGUUCUAAUCUUGGAGAUUACCAUAUGGAAAUUUUUUAAAAGAAAUAUUUUUUUGACCUUUUUUGUGUUACUAUUUAGAAUUUAGAGCAAUGCAGGUAGAUUUUGGUGCUCAGUUUUAUCCCCUUUUGAAAUUUUGCUGUAGUGUAAUUUGCUUUGAAAUUUUGUUACAAUUUGGUUUGGUUCGAAUGUGUGAGAUUGCUUCGGUUUCUUCUUUGGACGCUUCUGGUGUUCACAGUUUUGGGUUUUAUUACAGAAAAAAGGAAGCUAUAACAUGGUUAUGGGUAAUUUUAAGUAACAGAGCAAAAGCUAGCCUUAAAUUAUCGCACCAUGUCACGCCCAGCCCACCUCCCUCCACGGUGCCCAUUUCAGAACAGGGGUUUGCUGCCCCGUGCACUGGAUUCCACCCCGCAAACUACACUAUAUAGGUUUCCAUCCCAAGGGUCCAUCAUAGAUGAAAAACUUUCAUGGCUUGAUGACCUCUUGACUGACUCAGAAAGUAGUCCUAGAGGGAUCUCUCAUCGGAGAUCUUCGAGUGAUUCUGCGGCAGUUCUGGAUGUCCUGACAACUUUGGGUGGUCCAGUAUCCCCUGUCGAUGAAGGAAACGCUUCAUCAGUGUGUGCUCUUCACAAACCAUCAGAAUCCACGGAUGAGGAUGAAAGUAAUUCUGGGUUAGAGGCAGGCAGUGGGUUUGAAGCAAGCUGUGUUUACGGCCCCAACUCCCCCCGCCAAAAGAGUAAAUUGACCAGUUCAGAAAGCUCGAUGGUGACUGCUUUGUUGGAAAAUGUUCCUUGGAACCCAUUGCAAUAUGUAACUGUGGAUUUCCAUAGUGGCUCCAAUAGUAGUGAGUCCAAUGUGAGCGGAGAUGUUCUUGCUGCAACAGGUGAUCAUGAUCCAGAGAAGGCAGCAAGAAGGCGGUCAGGACAACGAUCUAGGGUCCGUAAGCUUCAAUAUAUUGCUGAACUUGAGAGAACUGUUGAUGCACUUCAGACUCUGGGAGCAGAGUUGGCAGCAAGAGUUGCUUCUAUGUAUCAGCAGCAUUUUGCUUUAUCUAUAGAAAACAAGAAACUGAGGCGGCAGAUAACCAUUCUUCGGCAAGAGAAAAUGAUGAGGGAUGGCCAGUACCAGUCUCUGAAGAGUGAAGCAGAGAGAUUAAAAAUGAUUUAUGGGUGUCAGCGGAGCCUCAGAAGCGCCGCUUCCUGUUUCGAGAUGGGCUUCUCAAAUGCUGCAGAUAUCUCAGGUGAUAGCUGGCCGAUGUUGGACAUCGGGAAGCUCAGUCUGGGGGGGAGCCCAGUUCCGACGAGACACGGUCUUGGACGCUGAUGAUGGACCCUGGUUGUCAACCGGUGAGUUCAGCUCUCCGAACUACCUUCCUGCUAGAAUUAUCAUUCCAAAAGCUAGAUUCAGAGCCACGGGCUGGUAAGCCUAUAGCUAGCAUCUGCGUUCCUCUUUGCGCAAAAUGGUUCCCCCCCGUCCGCGAUAAAUGUGGUAGGAAAGCAUCGCAGGUUAAACUUUCCCUCCAACUACAGAACUCUGAAUGCAUGUACAAGCUUGCACAGCUUUGAUGUGGUCUUCAAUCGCUGGUAGAUUUUAUGAAAUUAUGAGAGAAACUCUUGAAAGCUGUGUAAUAUUUAUACUCUUAUAAUAUUAUCUCUAGCGCAUCCAAAACGGUGAUCAGAUA